CUUUUUUAAAUUUCUUCGUAAUUUAACCAUCAAAUUGUUAAUUUUCUUCGGCAAUGGGUUCAUCUUCAUCGAAGCCAGUCAUUUCUGGAAACAAGGAAUUAACUGAAAAAGAAAGACGUUUAGAAGAAGCCAAGUCUCGCAUUAAGAAACAUGGUUUAAUUGAUGUUGAUGAUUUCAUUCAAGAUAUUGAUAAUGUAAAUUUGAUUCAUCAAAUCGAGUCAUGGAUAAAUAAGGAAAUACAUAUUGCAAUAACUGGAGAAUCUGGAACAGGAAAGUCAUCUUUUAUCAACGCUGUGAGAGGACUUCAAGCUAAUGAUAAGGGUGCGGCACUAGUUGGUACUAAUGAGUCAACCUUAGUACCGACUGAGUACACUCAUCCUGAAAAUGCAAAUAUUAAACUAUGGGAUCUACCAAGCAUUGGAACAUCUACAUAUCCUAAUCUAAAAGAAUAUUGCAAGAUUGAGGGUGGUCUAAAGAAAUAUGACGCUUUUCUUAUUUUUUCCAAAACAAGAUUCACUCACCAUGUUCAACAGCUACUAGAAAAAGUUUCAAAAGAGCUUCAAAAGCCUUUCAUUUGCGUUUGCACAAACGUUGAUCUCGAUCUGAAAAGAGCCAGAGAAGAUAAAGGAUCACAAUUUAAUGAGGCAUCAGUCAUGGAAAACAUAAUGAAAGACUGUUUGAAAAACAUGGGGGAUUUGAUUGAAGAUGAAAAAGAUGUUUACACGAUUUAUGACAAGGCUCCAGAGAAAUUCAGUCAGUUGUGUCGGGAAGUGAUCUCAAAGUUGAUAGAACGGCGAAGUUUACGCUUUUUAGAGACCUUGAAAGAUGUAAUUUAUAAAACUAGCUCAAUUGUUAAAGAUGAACAAUGCGCACUCCUUGUCCAAGCAAAGGAUCACGUUGAUCGUCAUGGCGUUUCUGGUAUCGAAGAUUUUUACCAUCGCCAAUUGAAUGUGUUCGAGAAGAUGAAGAUAAAUCUUGCCAUAACGGGAAGAUCUAGAACAGGAAAAUCAUCUUUCAUCAACGUCGUGAGAGGACUUAAAAAUUACGAUGAUGGUGCAGCACCAGUUGGGACUACAGAAAUGACAAAGGAACCCACUCCAUAUCUACACUCAAACAAUAAAAACAUCAUUUUCUGGGAUUUACCUGGCAUUGGAACACCUACAUUCCCCAAUCUUGAAACAUACUGUAAAGAAAUUGGUGAUCUGGAGAAGUACGAUGCAUUCCUUAUUUUUUGUAAAUCGCGAUUCACUCAAUGUGACAAAGAGUUGGCUGAGAAAGUUUCAAAAGAUCUCAACAAACCUUUCUUUUUUGUUCGCACCAACGUUGAUACCGACCUCAAAAAUGCGAAGGAUGAUAAAGGACCAGAGUUUGAUGAAGCAUCCGUCAUGAAACGUAUGAGGGAAAAUUGUUUGAAAAACUUGAAAGAUCUGGACGACAAUAUAAAAUUCGUGUUCUUCAUCGACAACAAAAAAACAGAGAAAUAUGAUUUUGAUCAUUUGAUUCGAUCUAUUACUUCAGAGUUACCAGCAUAUAAACGAGAAUGCUUCAUUCUUUCUUUGAGUAAUGUGAUUCGUGAAAGCAUUCAACGAAAGGCCAAGCUAUUGAAAGUUCGAGCAACUGUAAUGACUGGUGUUGCAGCUUGUGUGAGCAUUGUUCCCCUUCCUGGAGUUGUACGUGGUUUUAACAUAACUUCGGUUUUAGAAGAAAUGACUUACUACGAGAACAAAUUCGGUCUUCCUGGUAAAGUAACUAACAAAUUUAAGGUGUUAGACGAAGAAUCAUCUGCUUUCUUAUCUGAAAAUACUUGGGAUGUGAACACUUUUGAACAAGAAUUUCCGAUGUUGUCAGCCUCGUUGUCGUAUUUAAACGUUCAUAAUUUUCUUUCAAACUACAUUAAUGAUAUGGAAAAAGUUGCUCUUAACAUUUGGGAUGCAACAGUUAAAAGUUGCAGUAAAUGACCAGAACGCACGGUGCUUGUUUGCCUAAAUCUUUAUUUAUCCUUAAACAACAACACUUUAUUUUAUACUUCAUGGUACAAAAAAUAGCUACAGCAGGUGAAUUUGUUAAAAAAGACAACGCUAAUUUAGAAUUGUUUGAAAUAGCUAAUAGUUGAUUGGGUAAUAUUAUUUUUAACACUCGUUUCACUUAGGUACGCGUUGCGAGCACGUUGAUAAUUAGCACACGAUAAAUCUUUCCCAUGUACCUAUUGGUUUCCAAUUGUAAUUCUCUUCUUUUAGUUACGCAGCAGCAGAAAUGCACGUAUUUUGCCAUCAAGGCCGUUUAUAUAAACUGCUUUUAUCUUAAGUUGCAGAAAUAUUAUGAUAAAAUGAAAUAUAAUAUUAUGAAAAAAUAUAAACAUCUCGUUUACAACUAUGGAAUAAAGUACGCACAAUGAUGUCUUUAAAA